AUGCUGUUGAAGAUUUUCUUUUUGGCAUGCUUACUUUUGAUUAAAUUUCUCAUACAAUCUACUACAUGUGCUGUGCCAACUAAUAUACAAACUCUUGAACUUGAUGAUAUUACGCCACUAUGGGAUAAAUUUUCAUCUAUUAUUGACAAAAUCAAAGAAGCUGUUAAUCGAUAUCGUUGUCCAAAAGGAUGGAAACGUGUAGGUAUUUCAUGUUAUUAUCUAUCCAAUAUCACAUCAACAUCUAUUCAUGCAAAUUAUACAUGUAAUCUUCUUCAUUCCAAUCUUUCAAAUCUCAUACAAAUAAAAAAUACAAUUCAACUUUUCUAUGCUGCUCAUUUAUUAAUAAAAAAUAACUUAUCAUCAUUAAUUAUUAAUAUUCAUCCAAAUUUACUACAAGAUUUCUUGGGAAAACCAAUUUCUCAAAUUUUGAGCAAUGAUCAACAGCAAUGGCAACUAAUCAAAGAAAAGUUUUAUCAAAUAAAAAUAAAAUAUGAAAAAUUAAAAGUGAAGAUUGUUAAACAAUUAGCUUCAGCUGGUUUUAAAAUCUUAAGGCGUACAAAAAAAAUAAUACGAAAUGAAAUUGAUUACAAUGAAUAUGAAGAUGAUUUUAAUGAUAGACAACAAUUAGAUUUUGAAUAUAAUGAAACAUUGUUUGAUAAUAAUGAUGAAUAUGAAUAUGAUGAAAUUGAUUUCUCAGAUGAAAAUGAUACAUUUGAUGAAAUAGAAAAUAUUUAUAACAUCUGUGAUCGAAUUGAUUGGAAUGUUCGAAAUAAUAAUGCAACGACUUUUAUUUUAAUAACAUAUAUUGAGCUAGAUAAAACGAUUUGUUCAUUAAGUGAUGUUGACAAUGAUCGAAAAUAUAAUAUUGUUUGUGAAUAUGUACUUGAUUUUUGUCUUGGAAAUAUCAUAUGUGGUAAACAUGGUCAAUGUAUGAAUAUAAUCGGAGGUUUUAAAUGUUCAUGUUCAUUUUUAUAUGGUGGCCUUCUUUGUGAAAAAGUCUCGGAACAUGGUAGACAAAUUAUAAUUAGUAUUGUUAUUAUUCUUAUUCUUUUUGCAUUAUCUAUCAAAUGGAUUCGAAAAUAUCUAUGGAAGAUAAUAAAAGCUGUAAUCAGAUGCUGUAAAAAACUUUGUGUAUUAUAUACAGAGUCGAAACAAAAUACUAAUGACGACAAACAACAAUUAGUAGACGGGAAAAAAUUAGAUAACAAUGGUAGAAUUAAUACGACACCUCAAAUAUCAAGACGUCGUCCAACUUUAGCACAAGAAAUCAUCGAAUUUUUUUUACCAAAAAUAUCAAAUCCAUUAUUAAAUCCAGUAAAACGUAAUCUCGUUCGUACGAUAUGGGUUGGAAUUUUAACUAUAUUCUUUGCAUCUGUAUUAUUUAUAUCAACAUCAUUUAUGUAUUUUAUGUCAUUUGGAUAUAAUCUAAAUGAUGAUCGAGAUGAAGAAUUCUCAAUUAAUGAUACAAUUCGUUUAGUAACACAAUGUGAACAUAUAUCAGAUUAUCGAAGAGGAAAUAUUAUAUUUGCACCAUUUGCACUUUCAUUAAUACUUAUUUUUUCUUGGUCAUUAAAACGAGAAGAACAUUGUUUAAAGAUGUGCGACGGUCGACCUGCUUUGAUACCACCUAUUGAACCAUUUCGUACAGGAAAUCGUUUUACAACUGCAACUACAUUUGGAAUUCUUGCAUUUGAAGUAUUAAAAAUUUUUGAAGGAUUACUUUUUAGUACUGGUCUACCAUUACAUCAAGGUGUACUUAUAGAAUUAUUAGAACGAAUAGCACUUGUCAUUCUUGUUGGACUUCGUUAUUAUCCGGUGCUUGCUUCUCUACAAUUACGAAGUAUCGUUGUUCGUUGUUUUAGUUGUAUAUAUAUUAUCUGUGAUAUGAUAUAUACAAUUGUACGAGAAGGUUCAUGUAUGGGUUAUCUACCAUUAUCAGGACAUUAUACACUUUUAGAAGAAGCAAAACUUCGAAAGGAACUUGGUACUUGGUUUAUUGUUUAUGGAUUAAUAAAAAAUAUUCCACAUUUUUUUCUUCUUUCAUAUUUAACUGCUGAAUUAUGUAUACGUUUUAUAUACGAUUCAAUUUAUAUUCCAUUUAAAAAAAAGACGAGUAUAUGGAUAUCACCUAUUGUACAAUCUGAUGAAUCAGAAUUUGCAAAAUAUUAUGUUACAAAAUUAUUUCGACGUAAUACUCAAUCUAUUCCAAUAACAUCCUGUCAAAAUUUAAAUACAAAUCCUGAUAAUCUAGAUGAUCAUGUACAUGAAGCUGAUUUACAAAAUAAAAUGAAUCAAUCACGUGUUAAAAAAUUUUUUGAUUCUAUUUAUCAAUCCGAUGAUGAUUUUCGUUUUACAACAAUUGCUACAUGUACAUAUACAGUAGCUAUAGUUUUUCUCUAUUAUUUAGCAUGUACAUUCGUUUUUCUGUAUUUAUCACGAACAACAGGACAUAUUUCUUAUUUAAAAUUCUAUAUUGAAACAACAUUCGAUAUUGAUUUAGGUGUAUUUUCGUUAAAUCUUGAAAUAAUAGUCAGUGUAACUUUUACUGUAAUUAUCUAUGGAUGUCAAUUAUUUAUUGGAAUGCAAAAUUAUAAAAGACAUAAAUUACAAUUAUAUAGAGGUAUAUAUGUUGAUGUUCCAUCAAUAAUUAAUUUUAAACCAAGUUCAAUAGCAUCAAAUUCUGUACAUUAUUCCGGUUUUCUUGUUGGUUAUCUUGCCUGGGGUUUUGUUAUUUGUUUUCAUUUAAUACUUUUAAUAACAAUAGCAAUAAAAAUUGUAUGGUUACAAAUUCGUCAUAUUGAAAUUAUACUUACAAUUGUUGUACCUGUACUUGUUAUUUAUUUUUUAAAAAUGCUUAGUAUGAGAUCAGCAGGAAAAUUUUUAUUUAUACAACAAUUGGAUGAUAAACUUAAUUUAAAAAGUCGAAAAACUUAUGCAUUAUUUAUUUAUUUUAGUUUUUUUGCUGAUUGUUUUCUUGGUAUUGCAUCAUGUAUUAUUCGUUUGAUUAAAGCAACAUUUCUUAAUGUAGUAUUUAUGGCUCGACUUGAUUGGAGUUUUCUUGGACGACCAUUAGAAAAAUUUGAUCUUGGUUUUGCUGCUUAUAUCUCAUAUUUACAUAUGGAGGUAACAUAUACAAAUCCUGUAAUGCUUGCUUUUUGUUAUUCACUUUUUGAUGAUAUUGUAAAAAAACGUCCAAAACAUUGUUAUGAUGAUGAAUGUUGUAUUGCUCCAGGUGAACUUGACGAUGAAAUAGAACUACUACAACUUAAGAACAAUAACCCUAAUAGAGAUAAACCAAUGUCAAAACAACAUCUACAAGAUCUUCCAAGCGUAGAAAUAAAAUCUGAGAUUGCUAAAGAAGAUCAAAAACGUCUCAAUAGAAGAACAGAACAACAGGCACUGAAUAUUGCUCCCAAAAUAUCAAAACAAGUAGGCAAAACCAGUAAAAGUAAGAAGAGAAAAUUAGCAACAUCACAAAGUCCUGGUGAUGAUGACGAUAAUGAUCUAUCAAAACUUAGAAAAACAGCUGAUAAAGAUAAAUACACUACAAUUCCAACAGAACAUGAUUUUAAUAAUCAAGGAGCAAUAUCCUCUUGUUCAUCAUCAGAAAAUUUAACAACCGAUCGUUCUGAUUUACAUCUCUUACGAACUAAAUCUUAUCGUGACGCUCAUCAAAGUAUAUCACCACUUAUUUUGCAUCGACCAAACAUAUAUUCGACGUUAAAUAAUGAUAGUAGUUCUAAUUCUCAAAAAACAGCUGUUAGUAAUCGUUCUUAUUCAAAAAUUAGAUUACAACAAAUAGUAAAAGAUGAAAAACAAAAUGUUGAAACUGACGAUGAUGAAGAAGAAGAAGAAGAAGAAGAAGAAGACGACGACGACGACGAGCAUGAUAACGAUCAUCUUUUACCAUCACGACAAAAUUUUCAAGCAAAUCAAUCAACAACUGAUUCCACGACUAAUAGUCCAACUAAAUCACUAACCGUUGAUGAGAAGAUAAGAAAAAAACAAUUACGUUUUCGUUGGCAUUUUCUCUAUACAAUUAUUAGAAAUUAUCAUUUAUUUGAUUUAAGAAAAGAUGUACAAGGUCGAUUGACUCGUUUACAUUUGCAAAGAAGUAAUCUAAUAGAUGAACAACAAUUUUCAACGACUGCUGCAGUGCAACCAAUGGAAUAUACUACUGUUGUGCCUGAACCUUUAGAGAGAACAACACGUACAGAAGAACGCAUUAUCGAUAGAUCGUCUGUGUCAGUCACGCCUGCAUCGAUUACUUCAAGACCUUCAUCUAUUCAUCGUGUAGUAUCAAUAAAUGUACCUGUAUUAAACGAAUAUCCAUCAAGUCCUGCUGAGCGAUAUAUUGCAAUUCGUGCACAAAUGUUAUACGAUGCUAAUACUCAAGCACCAAAUGCACCAUACAAUUCAACUACAUCACAAACACCGAUAACUGCUUCAUCAUUCACUCAAAAACUACGAUCUUCUGUGAUUGACACUUCUAAUAAUCAUAGUCUUGGAUUUCAUAUUUCAUCACCUAAUAUUACUAUUCACCCACCAUCUGACUCUAGUACUAGAUCAAGACAAACACAAACAACUGAUCAUCGUACACCAAUAUUAUUUCAACCUGCAUCUGCCUCAAAUCAAUCUACAGCUGAUUAUCCAUUAGCUGCUUCUUCCGUUGCAAAUUCAACAACACUUCGUACACAGAUGAGUCAUGAUCAACAUAUGCAAGUAUGGCGUCAAGAUCAAAUGGGAAAGAUACAGAAAAAACAACGACAUUGCUAUAUCUAUGGUCAGCCACCACAAACACCAUUAGGUGAUAAAGUUUCUACUGCUGCUAUUCUUACACCACAAAUUCUUUCAACAUCAACUAUACAGCAACAAGGUUCAUCAGUAUUUGAUGAUAGUGAGACUGGACGAAGACCAACUAUCUCACCAUUUCAGUUUCCACAGGCAUCAAAUCAAGUGCGUAAUACUCAAUUGAUAGCUAAUAAUCAAAACUUAAAAACAACACGUCAUCAACAAGGAAUUCCUAAACCACCACCUCGUAUGGAUCGUCUUGAUGAAGAUCCUCAUGAGAUAUCUACUGCAAACAAAUCAAAAACAACAACAACAUCAGUAUUAAUUCAUGAAGAGAAUUCUCACAGUGAUACAUCAGAUACGACUUAG